UCAUGAACUGCAUUAAGCAAAGGCUCAGGUUUUUUACUUGAGAAGGGGAAAAAUUCCAUAAUGGCUCCUGCUCUCGCUGAUUUUUCUUUCUUCUCACAGCCUUCCAUUGUGCCCGCACACAAGAAGAAGAACGCCAAGGAAGAUCCGAGUGCAGCGAUUCAGCGGCUGGAAAUGGAAGCCCUGAGAUCUGAGAAUAUGAAGCUGCAAAGAAUGGUGGAGGAGAGCCAACGGUACAAAGCAGAAUUAAUGGCGGAUUUGGAGAAGGAGAGGAUGAGAUUGUUAAAGACGGAAGAAGCAGAGGAGCGCCUGUGUUCACAGCUUGGAGAGCUGGAGGCAGAGUCCGUUCUUCAGGCGCGGAAUUACAGUCAUCACAUCAAUUCUUUGAAGCAGCAAUUGGCACAAAUGCAAGAUCUUCUUGCACAAUUUCAACGCAAUUGCUAAUAAUGAUUUUGUUAUCAGGAAACUAAAAAUUUUGGUGUAAAAUGCGAGAUGAGGUUGCGGAUAUUGUUUGUGUUGUACAAAUUUUCUUGCCGUGUGAAUCUGUUUGGAAAUUGAAUGUGUAAUUUUGAGUGUUCAAAAUGAGAUCAACGGAGAGGAGCCUUUGUCUGUGAAAUAUGCCCGACAUUAGUUAAUGGAUCUCAUUAAAUCUCUUGUAGUUGUGUAAUUUUAUCAGUAAAUUGUUAGGCAGAGAAAUUAGGAUUGAAAUGAAGAGCAGUACUUUGAAUUUGGUUGUAGAUAAACAAUUGCAGCUUUACUAAUUACGCGGAAGGCGUCUCCUACUAUGGAAUGCACCGGCUCAGUUUUGUAGAUCUAUGGUUGAUACUUGCUUUUUGGCGUGCAAGAUGAUUGAAACGUCUGCAACCGUUGGAUUUAUUCGGAAUUGUUUUCACUUGUUUUUUCAUAAAAAGGUUUCGCUUAUUUUCUCUCACUGUAA